CGUCACUCUGUUUCCAGGUAGCGUUGGUGUAUGGUCAGAUGAAUGAGCCACCUGGCGCCCGGGCUCGAGUGGCAUUGACUGGGCUGACAGUAGCUGAGUAUUUCCGCGAUCAGGAAGGCCAAGAUGUGCUGCUGUUCAUCGACAACAUUUUCAGGUUCACUCAGGCUGGCUCAGAGGUGUCUGCUCUGCUUGGCCGUAUUCCAUCUGCUGUGGGUUAUCAGCCAACUCUGGCUACCGACAUGGGUACCAUGCAGGAACGGAUCACCACCACAAAGAAAGGAUCCAUUACCUCUGUGCAGGCUAUCUAUGUGCCGGCUGAUGAUCUGACUGACCCUGCUCCCGCCACCACUUUUGCUCACUUGGACGCCACGACCGUGUUAUCCCGUGCUAUUGCGGAGUUGGGUAUCUAUCCAGCUGUAGAUCCACUGGACUCUACUUCCCGUAUCAUGGACCCCAACAUCGUCGGGAGUGAACACUAUGAAGUGGCUCGUGGUGUGCAGAAGAUCCUGCAGGACUACAAAUCUCUUCAGGAUAUCAUUGCAAUCCUGGGUAUGGAUGAGCUGUCAGAAGAGGACAGGUUAACUGUGUCUCGUGCUCGUAAGAUCCAGCGUUUCCUGUCCCAGCCAUUCCAGGUUGCUGAGGUCUUCAUCGGACACAAAGGAAAACUGGUGCCCCUCAAGGAUACGAUCAAAGGAUUCCAGAUGAUUCUUUCUGGUGAAUAUGAUCAUUUACCUGAGCAAGCCUUCUACAUGGUUGGUCCUAUUGAAGACGUUGUUGCUAAGGCUGAAAAAUUGGCAGAAGAGCACUCUUAGAUUAACAUUGUAACAUCAGUGAUCAGUUGUAAUGUAAACUUGUAUGAAUGGCUUCAGAUCAUUGUCUUUGUGACAAACUGCAAGAUGUUAUUUAAUGUUUCUAAUGUGGAAAGAUGGAAAAUAAAACUUCCAACACUUUU